UCAUUUUGGGUUAGGAUUUAUUCAUGUAUUUUUUUUUUAUUAUUUUUCUGCUGAUAACAUUUUAAAAAAUAACAUAAAACUGUGCAUUUAUUUUAUUAUUUUAUAUUUUCUUGGGUCAGAAAGUACAAUCGAUUGGAUUAGUAAAGACUAUCGAUUAGAUAGAUGAUAGAACCGUUCAUAUUAAAUAAAACACGUUCAUAAGUUCAUUGGGUUCAAAGUACGAUCUGUAUCUAGUCUAGUGAGGACUAAACGGUCAAGUCAAAGCAUUUACAAACAAAAUGAAAAGACUACAAGGAAAAGUUGCAAUUGUCACAGCUUCAACUGAUGGAAUUGGAUUCUCAAUAGCAAAACGUUUAGCCGAAGACGGUGCAAGUGUUGUUGUCAGCAGUCGUAAGCAAAGCAAUGUUGAUUCGGCUGUUGACAGUCUUAAGAAACUUAAUCUGGAAGUACUAGGAGUCAAGUGUCAUGUGGGUCUAGCAGCAGAUAGAAAAUCACUGUUCGAAGAAACCAUUAAAAAGUAUGGAAAAUUGAAUAUUUUAGUGUCCAACGCAGCUGCUAAUCCUACAGUUGGUGGCGUAUUAACUUGUGAUGAGUCUUCAUGGGAUAAAAUAUUUGAUGUUAAUGUUAAAUCAUCAUUUCUCUUGGCCAAAGAGUCGUUGCCUCUUUUGAGAAAGUCUAAAGGGUCAAAUAUUGUUUUUGUUUCUUCUAUUGCUGGUUACGAUCCAUUUGAGUUGCUGGGUGCUUAUUCUGUGAGUAAGACUGCCCUUAUUGGUUUAACAAAGGCAGCAGCCAAAGAACUUGCUCCUGAAGGAAUUCGUGUUAAUUGUAUAGCCCCAGGUAUCAUUCGAACAAAGUUUUCAAGAGCGCUUUAUGAAAGUGAAUCCGCACAUGAAGAAGCAUUAACGAGGAUUCCCUUGAGACGGUUAGGAGAAUCUGACGAAAUUGCAGGUGUAGCGUCAUUUCUAGUGUCCGAUGAUGCUAGUUACAUUACAGGUGAAGGAAUUGUUGCUUCUGGAGGAAUGAACUCAAGAUUGUAAAUUUAAUUUUUUAAUACGAGGGUAGUGGAAAAUAAAACAUUUGGUGAUAAAGAUUAA